UUCGUCGUUAAUCUGACCACAGCCAGACACACUUUCUUCAGUUUGUUUCUCUCUUUUUGCAGAAUUUGAGAGAUUUCAAAUAGAAAUUGGGUUUUUGGUUUAUUUUCGUCGUUAAUUUUUUAAUCGGCAAUUUUAACACAAAUCGAAUUGAGGCGUCUAAGAGUUUGACGACAAUUGAAUUCGGGCGACAAUAUUUUCCGACCCGUCGUUUUAUUCCAUCGGAAGUCGCUGUAUUGAGAGCAAGUACAAAUAUCGUAAUUGAAAGUAUUUAUUUGAAAACAGCCUAGUUCGUUGUAUAUAAAUUAACUUUGUGAGAAGUUUGUCGUUGCUGAAACUAUCUUUUUAUUUUCCUCCUUCCUGUCCGUACCUUCACAUCCUCUUUGGUUUUUCUAUUGACACUUGAUUCAUUCUCUUUCAUAUACUACACCUCAUCUGUUCCAAUUGCUUGUAUGUCAGAGCCUUCUACUAGAAGCAUUAAGUCCAAGCGCUGGAUCCCCAGUUUAAAGGGCUUUCGCCUUGGGCUUUAUAGACUGGCUGAUCGUCUAAAUAUACCUUUGGCAGAUGCCGCAAAGGUUGAGUUGGAACAACACGAUACUAGUAGUUUGGAGUCUUGGAGUGGUCUACAACGUCUUCCCAGAUCCCUGUAUUUUAAUUUGCCUUUACCGGAAUCCGAACUAGAUGAUACUGGUGAGGCAAAACGUUAUUUUCCAAGGAACAAAAUUCGUACUGCCAAGUAUACUCCUCUAAACUUUUUGCCCAAGAAUAUUUUCUUACAAUUUCAAAAUGUCGCAAACCUCUUUUUCUUGUUUCUUGUGAUUCUUCAGUGCAUCAAACUUUUCGGCAAUGAAGUGAAUCCUGGUUUGGCAGCUGUGCCUUUGAUUGUUGUUGUUGCUAUCACUGCGGUUAAAGAUGCUAUCGAAGAUUUUCGUCGUACAAUGCUCGACAUUAAUCUUAAUAACACCCCGACGCUCCGUUUAAGCAACUACCAUAAUCCGAAUAUUAGGACCGAGUAUGUCAGUUACUUUCGAAAAUUCAAAAAGUAUAUGUCUGCUCUUUUCCGACUGUUUAUCAUGAGGAAGAACCGAAAGAAAGAAGAAAAUACUGUAUCCGAUCCGGUUCCUCUCCAAGACCUUCCAACUGAUGGUAGACCAAGCUAUGACUCCGUAUUCCGAGAAUCGCUUGAUAUGAAGGAUCCUUUUGAGGAUCCCAAGGGAAAGGAAUUUGGUGCAUCAGGCGGAAUCGCCGCUAUGCAUCAACAGCGGGCAAUGGAUGUAGUGGAUUAUCAAGCUGAAGGUACUGGUGAAUGCCAUUUUAAAAAAGUAUUCUGGAAGGAUGUUCGAGUUGGUGACUUUGUUAAAAUUUCAGACAAUGAAGAAAUCCCUGCCGAUAUUAUCAUUCUCAAUACAUCCGAUCCAGAAGGUAUUUGCUACAUUGAAACCAAAAACUUGGACGGAGAAACGAAUCUCAAAAUUCGACAUGCUUUGAGCGCGGGUAAAAAUGUGGUUGACGAAAUUUCGUGUGAACGAUCUCGUUUCUGGAUUGAAAGCGAGCCCCCCAACGCAAACCUUUAUGAAUACAACGGAGCUUGCAAAUGUUAUGGGCAUACCGACACCAAUAUGCUUGAUGAAACACAUGUUCAGUCGGAACCCGCAUCUUUAAACAAUCUGCUUUUACGAGGAUGUGUUCUUCGAAAUACAAGGUGGGUUAUUGGCGUAGUCGUUUUCACUGGUGAUGAUACAAAAAUCAUGCUGAAUUCCGGUGCUCCUCCUUUGAAACGAAGUCGUAUUACCAGAAACUUGAACUGGAAUGUUUACUUGAAUUUCAUUAUUUUAUUUGCAAUGUGUCUCGUUUGUGGUAUAGUCGAGGGUAUUGCUUGGCGUGGACAAACGCGAUCAUCUUACUUUUUUGAAUGGGGCUCCAUUGGUGGAUCUGCCGCCAAAAAUGGUAUAGUUACCUUUUUUACAAGUGUUGUCUUGUUCCAAAAUUUGGUUCCGAUCUCCCUAUACAUUUCUAUUGAAAUUGUCAAAACUAUUCAAGCAAUUUUCAUCUAUUUUGACAAGGACAUGUAUUAUAAAAAACUCAAGUAUCCUUGUACUCCUAAAUCUUGGAAUAUAUCAGAUGAUUUGGGGCAAGUUGAAUAUAUUUUCUCUGAUAAGACUGGAACACUUACUCAAAAUGUUAUGGAAUUUAAAAAGUGCACUAUCAAUGGCAUUGCCUACGGAGAAGCCUUCACAGAAGCAAUGGCGGGUAUAGCUCGCCGAGAAGGAAAGGAUUCAGAGCAGCUUACGUUGGAGAAGCGUAGCUUCAUUGAUCGUGACCGAAUGCAGAUGAUUGCUCAAAUGAGAAAUAUUUAUGACAAUAAGUAUUUGGUGGAUGAAAAUCUUACAUUUAUUUCUUCUCAGUUCGUUCAUGAUUUGACUGGCAAAGCUGGUGAAGAACAGUCGUUGGCUUGUUAUGAGUUUUUUCUUGCACUUGCUUUGUGUCAUAGUGUUGUGGCCGAUAGAGUUGGCGAUCGUAUCGUUUACAAAGCUCAAUCCCCGGAUGAAGCUGCACUCGUUGGUACAGCUCGUGACGUUGGAUUUGUUUUCCUUGAUCAACGUAGGGAUGUCAUGGUAACUCGGGCACUUGGUGAGACUCAUAGGUUUAAAUUGAUGGAUACUGUUGAUUUUACAUCUGCCAGAAAAAGAAUGAGUGUUAUUGUCAGAGGACCAGAUAAUCGUUAUGUCCUCAUCUGCAAGGGUGCAGAUAGCGUUAUUUAUGAAAGGCUGGAACAAGGUGAGCGACCAAAUCUCCAAAAAGUUACUGCGGAACACCUGAAAACUUUUGCCCUUGAAGGUCUUCGUACUUUAUGUAUUGCAAAACGUGAACUUACUGAGGAGGAAUACUAUGAAUGGAAAGAAAAAUAUAGUGUUGCCUCUUCUGCCAUUGAAAAUAGAGAGGAACAGAUUGCUGAAGUUGCCGACUUGAUUGAAUCACGACUUACCUUGCUUGGUGGUACCGCUAUUGAAGAUCGUUUACAGGAAGGUGUUCCUGACUCAAUUGCACUUUUAGGGAAUGCUGGUAUUAAGCUUUGGGUGUUAACUGGAGAUAAAAUGGAAACCGCAAUUAACAUCGGUUUUUCUUGCAAUCUUCUAGACGCUAGUAUGGAGUUGAUAAAGUUUGAUGUUGAUCAAGAAGUCUCAACUCCAGAACUGGAGGUCAUUUUAGCAGAUUAUCUUUAUAGGUACUUUGGCUUAUCAGGCUCCAACGAAGAGCUUGAAGCGGCAAAGAAGGAUCACGAUGUUCCUGCUGGAUCUCAUGCCUUAAUUAUCGAUGGUGGUGUUUUGAAGCGUGUCCUCGAGGGAUCAAUGAGAACGAAGUUUUUGUUGUUAUGCAAGCAAUGUAAGUCUGUACUCUGCUGUCGUGUUAGUCCAGCGCAAAAAGCUGAUGUCGUACAUCUUGUAAGGGAAAGUUUGGAAGUAAUGACAUUAGCUAUUGGUGACGGAGCCAACGAUGUGGCUAUGAUCCAAAAAGCUGAUAUUGGUAUCGGUAUCGUUGGUGAGGAAGGAAGAGCAGCUGCGAUGUCUGCUGAUUAUGCGAUUGCACAAUUUAGAUUUUUGAGCAAGCUGGUUCUUGUUCAUGGACGUUGGGAUUAUAAUCGUAUAGCAGAAAUGGUCAAUAAUUUCUUUUACAAAAGUGUCGUUUGGACUUUUACGCUCUUUUGGUUCCAAAUCUACAAUAACUUUGAUGCAAAUUAUCUCUUUGACUACACGUACAUUAUGCUCUUCAACUUGAUUUUCUCAUCUUUGCCUGUCAUCGUAAUGGGUGUUUACGAUCAAGAUGUGAAUGCUGAAGUAUCACUUAAGAUACCUCAGCUGUACAAGAGAGGUAUUUUGCAAUUGAAUUCGGCGCGUAAGAUAUUCAUUGGAUACAUGAUUGAUGGUUUCUAUCAGUCAGUAAUAUGUUUCUUUUUUUCUUUUCUCGUUAUAAAUAAUGUGACAGUAGCAGCUCAAAAUGGGCGUGACACGAUGGGAAUGCAGGAUCUGGGUGUGUAUGUUGCAGCACCUACAAUUAUGGUAGUUGAUUCAUAUGUUCUUUUGAAUCAAGCUAAUUGGGAUGUUUUCUCAGUCGGUAUUUGGGCUUUAAGUUGUAUAACUUUUUGGUUCUGGACAGGCGUUUAUUCUCAGAGCUGGUACUCCAUUGAAUUCUACAAGUCUGCUUCUCGUAUAUUCAGAACUCCAAACUUCUGGGCAGUACUAUUUGGUACGAUGGCUGCUUGCUUGUUUCCGAAGUUCCUUUUCAUGACUGUGCAAAAGCUUUUCUGGCCGUAUGAUACUGACAUCAUUCGCGAAAGCUAUCGUACCAAGCGUUUGCAUGAAUUCGAUGAAGAAGCUGCCAUUGAGAGCCCCGAAGUUUCUACAGAUUGGGCAUCGUCUACAUUACAAGUUCCAUUUAACAUGUCAACGUCAAGCUUUGCGACUAUGCAGAAAAAGGACAAGGAUCCUGUACGUUUGGAUACGCAUUCCUUGUCGCUCACUCCAAGCAUCCCCAAUACUUUUGGUCGCUCUUAUUCUCCAAGUUUCAUGGAUGGGUCACCCAUCUUUUCUGAUGAAAUACUGAACCGACCACCUGAGUUUCUUCCAAAGCGAGGAUCUGUUUCUUCAUCAGAACAACCACUUCAACCUAGAUGAAUUACAUUUACUACAAACGUGGAAUGUAUCAUCAAGAAGAUGACGGUAAACAAUUUGAUGUGAAAGAUUGACGGUCAGCUGUCAAGUACAGCUGACUAUUAUGACAUUGAGUAAAUAUAGUGAUGAGAGUAUUAUGAGUAUGUUGUUCAUAGAUAAAAGUUAUGUUCUAGUCAUUUAAAUAAACAUUUGUUUAAGCUAAAGGA